AUGAGAGCACGUCCGAGGGCGUCCCGCCGCGGAGUGGAAGACGCCCUGCCUUUGACGGUGCAGCAAGCGCAGAGUAACGGCAGCGGUAGUCUGACGAAUAGUCCCUCGCGCAAAAGUGUCGGAGGUUUAUCAUCCCGGACGUUUCGAAGCAACAAACAACACGGCAAUUUACUGCGAGCGAGACUGCUCGUUUCUCUCUCGAAGCACAAGGGUCUUUCCAAAUGGGUCGGACUGAUACUUGCCGUACUGGGAACCAUCGGUUGGUUCCGGAGUAGCUUCGGCAAUCAUCGCGACGGGUCCCCACGCUCGAUUACAUCAUCAUCUUCGCGUUCCCUGCAUCGUCUCGCACGACGAGCAGCAGUCCGCGCGCUCUCUCCUUCUCACAAACACUUUCACGAGUUUGAUAUUUCCAGCUAUGCGCUCGGUGGAAUGUUCAAAUACAUUGGGAACGGCUCUUACCGACAAGUAUUCUUGGCCAAAUUGCCGACCGAAAACGUUAUUUUUAAAGAGGCCAACUGGGAUAAUGGUCACGAAUCCGGUUUUCACACCGACGAGUACGAAUUUAUGCGCCAGGACAUGGUGGUCGGCGAAUCCUUUACCUCCAAUCCGCGCUUUGUUGAUAUUUACGGGUUUUGCGCACUCUCCAUGUUUAGUGAAUUCAUGCCGUUCGGGGACGCUGAAGUUAUGGCCCAAACAAUUUUUGAUCGCCACAAUCCACCCUCAAUAAAGGAAGGUGGUGAAUUGGUCAUUUUCAAUAAUUUGACCGGUACGGAAAAGUUGGAGUACGCGUUGCAAAUGGCCGACGCUGUUUCCUACCUGCACAAUUAUCCCGGGGGUGUUAUUGUUCACGAUGAUAUACAAAUGCCGCAAUUCUUGCUCACUGCCGACAAGCGUAUCAAGCUGAAUGAUUUCAAUCGCGCCGAAGUUAUGCUCUUCGACGAAGAGAACAAUGAAUAUUGCAAGUACCGCAACAACCCGGGACACGGUGAUUGGCGCUCGCCAGAGGAGUACUACGACAAGCCGUUGGACGAGAAAAUUGAUAUUUACAGUCUCGGAAAUAACUUUUAUGCCUUACUGACCGGUAUGGGGCCUUUUUACGAAGAAGCCCAUUCAGACGGGGUUAUUAAAAAGGUUAAGGCCGGAAUGAAACCGUACAUUGAUCAAAGAUUCCUAGAACGGAGCUUUGCAGAGAAAAAGCUCGCUGAAAUUAUGGUCCUCUGCUGGGAGUAUGAUCCCGUAAAGCGGCCUGACAUCAACACGCUAGUGCAGGUUUUGCGGGAAGCGGUAGAGGAGAAUUUAAGGCUUCAACCCGUGUAA